GCAAAGCUCCUCAUCUGGGCAGAAAUUACAAUGUCCAACAGCCGCAAAUUAAAGGGUCACGGCAUGAGGAGAGGCAAGAGCCGAUCUCCUCACAAGGGAGUGAAGAAAGGUGGCAACAAAAGAAAAUACCGGAAGAGCAGCAUGAAAAGCAGGAAACGGAGUGAUGACGUCAAUCGCAAUUGCCGCUCCCAUGUGUGACCCCCUCAGCGGGCUCUGCCCUGGUGGACUUCAAACAGCACCAGGCAGCAACGAGGACACCAGAAGGGAGACUGCCAAGGAGAUCUGACAUUAAAUCAAAGCCAGAGAAGAACCUAUCGAGUGUGAAAUAACAUACCAGUCAUGACGAAAUGAGGAAUGUAUAUGUUGGCUGUUUCUCCCCAACAUCGCAAUAAAAUUUUGAAAACAG